AUGCCAUCAACAGCAGCAAGGGCUGUUCAUGCCUUAAAGGAUGAAAACUGCCCAAUUCUGAUAUCUCCAUCUCUUGUCUCAUUAGACCUCCCUGAUAUUUGGGCUUCUAAUCCCAACCCCCAUGACUUUACUUCCGCUCAUAAAUGCUAAUCUCAAUGUUGAGCUUUGAAGCAAAUUUGUGACUAGUUUCACACAAAAUGUUGCCAAUGAAUGAGUUCUCGCUCAAAUGGUAUCUGUCUCCCAAAAAAAUAGUCAGCGGGUGAACUCACUGCUUGUGUAACUUACCAAUCAAAAGAGAAAAUAUAAUUUGUUUUAUAUCUGAAAGUGCCUACAAAGGUGAUUUUCUUCAUUUGGACAACAGCAUUGAGGAAAUAUUUAACUGUUGAUAAUUUGUGGAGGCGGCAAGUGGUUGUUGUGGAUUGGUGUUGUAUGUGUAAGCAGAAUGGGAAGCCAUUGAUCACUUACUCCCACAUUGCCCUGUAGCUCGAGAGUUAUGAAAUAUGAUGUAUUCAUAUAUGGGGUUCAUUAGGUCAUGCCACGUGGUGUAGUGGAGUUCUAGCUAGUUGUUCAGGUAAGUUCAACAAACACUGAGCUGUGGUGAUUUGGAGUAUGAUCCCUCAUUGUCUAAUGUGGGGUAUUUGGAGGGAAAGAAAUGCACAUACUUUUGAAGAGAAUGAAAGAUCAAUUCAUGAUUUGAAGCUUUUUUCUUUUAAACUCUGUUUGAGUGGGCAUAUGCUUCAAGUGUUUCUACCUUUAAUAUUUUGCAUGAUUUACUUGAUUUUUUUUACCUUCACUACUAGUUAGUUUAGACUUUUUUGCUAAACUAUAGCACACUACCUGUGUGCCUUGUUUUUUUGUUGUAUCUUCACAUCUAUUUUUUAAUGAAGUUCUUUACUUCUCCAAAAAAGGAAUGAGUGCUAUUUAUUUUGGUCAUUGUCAUCAGCGACAGCUUCAAUAAUGUCUGUUUUUCUAGUUCUACAUUGACAUGCUUCUCCUUUUUUUUUUAGGUCUCUCUCUCUCUCUCUCUCUCUCUCUUUUCGCUAGUUGGUUAUGUAGUAAAGUCCCUAUAAUUUUAUGUGACUAGGCAGUAUUGGGUUUUAGGGGUUAAUAGGGUAAAGAAAAGGACUUUAUUUGGAGUUGCAAAAAAGAUAUUUCCUGUCUAAUCAUGCUAUAGACGUAGCAGUAACUACAUGUUUGGUGCUGGCUAUCUUUGAGCUUGUUCUUGAGUUCAUUGAUUUUAUUCACAAAGUGGUUUACUUGUAUCAUAUUUUCGUUAAAACCUGUUGGAUUCAAUUUAAGGUUGAUUGAAUUUGGGGUUCUAAUAAUCUUUUUUCUUGCCUAUUAUAUCUUCUUCACCGAAUGACCUUAUCGAGCCAAAAUAAAUAAAUCUGUCGUCUGAUUCCCCAUUCUAUUGGUAUGGGAUAUUAUUCACAUCCUGUUUAUCAUUUUCAGUCAGUCCUAGGUUCUGGACUGCUACUGAGCUUGGUUUGAUUUCUAAAUUUGAUCAUUUGGAUUUCCUCUCUCUUUUUGCAAUCUUUAUUCUGAGGGUUCUUGUUAUCCUUCUUCUUUGUAUGCUUAAGAUCUGUGGUUUGAUACAUGACAUUCACCACAGCCAAUGAGCAGAAUGCUGCAAUAAUUGAUGGAAAGUCAAUGGCAGAGGAAAUUAUGUCAAGAAUAGCUUUUGAGGUCAAGAGGAUGAAGGAAUCCAUUGGAAAGGUUCCUGGAUUGGCUGUCAUUAUGGUGGGCCAAAGAAGGGACUCACAAACUUAUGUCCGCAACAAGAUAAAAGCUUGUGAAGAAGCUGGAAUCAAGUCAAUGAUGACUGAACUGCCUGACCAUUGUAAAGAAGACAAAGUUCUUAAUGCUUUGUCAAGAUUCAACGAGGAUCCAUCAGUUCAUGGUAUUCUUGUGCAACUUCCUCUUCCACAACAUUUGGAUGAGGCAAAAAUUUUGGAUGUGCUGAGCCUAGAAAAAGAUGUGGAUGGCUUUCAUCCACUAAAUAUGGGAAAUCUUGCCCUGAGAGGAAGGGAGCCUUUGUUCAUUCCAUGCACUCCAAAGGGUUGCAUUGAGUUAUUGAUCAGGUCUGGUGUGGAAAUCAUGGGGAAGAGAGCUGUGGUGAUUGGAAGAAGUAACAUAGUUGGAUUGCCUACAUCCUUGCUAUUGCAGAGGCAUCAUGCGACUGUCAGCAUCAUACAUGCAUUUACCAAGAAUCCAGAACAGAUCACCUGUGAAGCUGACAUUGUGAUUGCAGCUGCAGGAGUGCCUAACCUGGUUCGUGGCAAUUGGCUAAAGCCUGGUGCAAUUGUUAUAGAUGUGGGGACAAAUCCAAUUGAGGACCCUAGCUGUGAGCACGGUUACCGUCUCAGAGGAGAUGUUUUCUAUGAAGAAGCAGUGAGGGUAGCAUCCUUAAUUACCCCUGUGCCUGGAGGAGUUGGGCCCAUGACAAUUGCCAUGCUCCUGUCCAACACUCUUGACUCUGCCAAACGUGCGUAUGACUUUACUUGACCUGUCAAAUUAAACACUACUAAAAUUUUAUAUUUUUAGGGCAUUUAUCUUAAUGUUUGUAGUCCUUAUUUUUUCCCCUGCUGAAUUACUACGUUUGUAGUCUUUAACUUUGUUUAUUGUAACUUAUUGAUGUUUAA